UCAAUCUCGUCAUUAAGGGAUACACUCGAAGCUGCUUGCAAGGACGUACAUUCUGUCGAAGCACGAAUAAAGAACUCUCGAAAUAUUCUCAGCUACGGGGCAGCGAUCCUGAUAUCAAUGAUCUUAGGAAAAGACUCACCCGCAUGGUCGUGCGAUCGCGAGCCGAGGAUACGAGGGAGAGGGUUUAUUCCAUGGCUUACCACCUGGAGCAAACGAAAGAUCUCAAUGUCUUGCAUCAAAUUCGGCCCGACCGAUGCUCUUGGUGUAAAGACAUCCUAUGAUUCCACGCUGCGUGUGACCUCCUUUACAUCUGGGCAAUCUACUGAGCUCUUUUCUCUUGCCUCGACUUCGACACUGGUCACAUCCUUUGAUAUCGCGCCAUGUGGGAAUGAAAUAUGGAUCUCCGACAGUGAUGGUGGACUAAGCUUGUUUGGACCUCCGGGAAGGCAGCCGAUUACGGGGACAAGUGAAUGCUAAAUUGAAGAUUGGUUGUGUCAGCAUCAAUCCUGCUGCUGGAAGGAGAAGGAGUCAUCCUUUGUGCACCGCGAGCAACGAUCUUUCCCUGAAAAUAUGGGACG